AAACAUUUUACCUUGUAACCUGUAGGUGACGACAUCGUACGAGUACGCCUACAAUAAUUCAACGAAGAAGAACAUUGCGGAAGUAGAUUCUUCAGUCGCCCUUCAGACAGCAGUGCGUUGAGCCAAAAUCAUGGCGGCAGAUUGUGUGAGACGAGUACUCCAUCAUGCAGGUAAAACGGCGUACGGCAGCGCUACCGGCUACUGGACGGCGACAGCGCGGAUUUGCAUCAGGAACGAAAAGACAAGCAUAUUUUGGUCUCCCUUAAGCACAGAAGCGGACGAUACAGCCGCGGAUCCCGCACCGCAGAAGAAAAAAAAGCAGGAUCCUCGGGCACGGACCGACAUCUCCAGCGUUGGCCGUAAAAUCCCCUACAGGGAGGUCCGCCUGAUCAGUGAGGAGGGAGAGAACUUGGGUGUCAUGCACCGCGGAGAAGUGCUCCGAAUCAUGGACGAGAAGGGACUCAAACUGGUGGUUCUGGGUGAACACCAGGACCCUCCGGUCUAUCGUCUGAUGAGCGGCAGGCAGAUCCACGAGGAGCAGAUGAAGAUGCGGGAGAAACAGAAAGCCAGACCAGCUCCGGUGCAAAUUAAAGAGCUCACCUUCUCAAUGGGCAUCGCUUCUCAUGACCUGACAACCAAACUGAAGCAAGUGGAGAACUGGUUGGAGAAGAAGCACCAUAUCAGGAUAACACUCCGCGCAGCACGCAAGACACCUGCGGACAACCUGGAUAAAGAGCUGGAGCGGCUGUUGGAACAAAUACAAGUCACGGUGGGAUUCGUCUCCCAGCCCAAGGUGGUACGCCAAGGUCAGGCGGCCAUGUGCGUCCUUCGACAGCCCUCCGCAAAGGAACUGUCCAAGCAACAAAAAGAUCGGACUUCCUUGCCGCCGGCCGACAGCUCACAGGCUGCCAAGGAGGAAACGUCACCCCCGGAUACAAAAGAGGAAUCUAUACAGCAGUAAUAAACGUGCUUGCCUGUAAAACUGUGUUUAUAUGACACCAGGUUGGUUUCAUGUGGUAGUGGUGAAAGAAAUUAGCAGACCUUGUCAUGCCUGGAGGACCUCUACCUCAGCAGCGACAUCA